ACAAUAGUUAGCUGUAGAUAUUAUAAAGUGAUUGCAAAAAAUAUCUAAAUCCCCUCAAUACGUUGAACAGGAAGACUGAUUACCAGACAGAUAGAUAACAGAUGUAGCAUGAGAGGUGAAGAUAACAAACAGUAUAAGCAUGUGAUGCCUGUGAUCAAAUUCCACACCGAUAAUACAGAAGUAACAUGAUAUCAGUGAUCAAAGUCCACACAGACAUAUACUAUCGUGGAUAUUGGUCACGGAGGACAGCCGCUCCUACUGUCUGUAAUCAGAGUCCUAGAUCUGAUGAUGGACCCCCGUACCAGUGCCCAGGACGUGAUGCGAUGUGACCUGUGUGAGACCGCCCUGGUACAGAUGCACUGUGCUACGUGCCUGGUCAAUUUGUGUAAGGCCUGCGUGGGGGAACAUUUCUCUGCUGACCUCUCAAAUCCUCACAGAAUUGUUGAUGUCAAGGACAGGAAUUCCACCCUCCUCUACCCUGGGUGUACCUCUCAUGAAAAAGAACGAUGUGAGAUGUACUGUAAUCCGUGUCAUAUUCCGGUCUGCAGUACCUGUCUGGCAUCAAGUCAACAUUUAGGUCACGAAUUAUUGAAAGUCUCAGAUGUUCUCAAUAUGAAGAUAGAAAUGAUUACCAAAAAUAAAACUGAAUUAAAUGAAACAAUUAUUCCCACGUACCAGGACAUUGUAUCUGAUGUACGAAACAGAAUGAGUCAGUUAGAAAAGAAAUAUGGGGAUCUCUCAGCAGCCAUAACAAAACAUGGAGAGGACUGGCACAGAGAAAUUGACAAACUCGUCCAGAAACUGAAAUCUGAAGUAGAGGAGAUGAAAACCACACAGUUACACACUCUGCAGAAACAUCUGGAUGAAGUGAACAAGAAAAUCUCUGAUAUCAACGAUGAAAUCAAUUCGAUGGAUGAUGCUUUAGACUCUAAUGACUUUUCAAAAGUAUUCAGUCUUAUGCCUAAUGUAGAUGAAUACAAAAAUGUUCCACACAAAAUUCUGUCAUCUUUACCUAAAUUCAACCCAGGAAGAAUUCAAGAAGAACUCGGUAAACUGUUUGGAACUUUAUCAUCAAUUUCUGUCCGAUCAGAAGAACAUGGUUACAGUAUAAAGACAACACAGAAAUCCCCAGAAGCUGCAUCCUCUCCUGUCAUUAAACAGCUGCUUGAUGAACCACAGACUGUCACCACCAUACACACUGAGUAUAGUCAUAACCUUUACGAUGUGGCCUGUCUGAGUGAUGAAGAAAUCUGGACAAGUGGAACUGGUAACAUGAAACUCUACAGAAUCAAACAGGGAUCACUACUCAAGUCAAUAACAACCAAGACUGGGAAAAUUCCAGAGGACAUAGCAGUGACAAACAGUGGGGCUCUGGUUUAUACUGAUUUCAGCGAUAGAACUCUGAACAUUGUGAAGAAUGAAGAGAUACAGACCGUGAUCACACUACAGGGGUGGAGACCUCACAAUGUCUGCAGCAUCUCCUCUGAUGAUCUCCUGGUUACCAUGGACAAUGAUGAUAAGACACAAUCCAAAGUUGUGCAUUACUCUGGCUCCACAGAAAAACAAACCAUUCAGUUUGAUGAUCAAGGUAAACCUCUCUAUUCAUCUGAUUAUAAAGAGAAAUACAUCAGUGAGAACAGGAACCUGGAUAUUUGUGUGGCUGACUGUGGAGCUACAGCAGUAGUGGUGGUCAAUCAGGCCGGGAAACUGAGAUUCAGGUACACUGGACGUACUCCUGCUCCAAAGAACAAACCAUUCUAUCCACGAGGAAUCACCACAGACAGUCAGAGUCACAUCCUCACAGCUGAUUAUUACAAUGACUGUGUCCACAUCAUAGACCAGGACGGACAGUUCCUCUGUUACAUAGACUGUGGACUGAGUGAUACCUGGGGACUGUGUACAGAUACAAACGACAAUCUGUUUGUUGCUCAAUGUAGAAACAAACAAGUGAAGAAAAUUAAAUACUUGCAGAAAAACUAAAACAUUAGUGAAGAAAGUUAAAUAUUUGCAAGGAAAUCCAACAUAAUAUUGCCUACUACAUCUUAUUAUGAUGAAUCAAUGAUGAUGUAAAAUAAAAAAAACACUUGUACUUUAAA